CAGAACGGUAAUGUUGGCUUAAGUUCUUAUUCUAAAACAGUUUUUUGGUUCAAUUGUGAAAAAGAAUAAAGAUUACUGAUCUUUACAGUUUUAUUUUGCAAUGGAUUACCAUUACGAACAGACCAGUGAGGUUGAGGCAUUGGAUUCUAUCUAUUACGGCGAAAUGAAAAUUUUAGAGACUGAGCCAUACAAUAAGUUUUGUAUACCGAUAAUGUCGGAGGGUUUCGAAGACGGUGGUGAAGGUUUAAGCUGCCAGCUCACUUUUACAUAUACAGCCAAAUAUCCUGAUGAGUUACCAAUUGUUGAGAUAGAAAAUGAAGAGAAUUUUGGCGAUGCGGACAGGAAUCAAUUGUUGGAACAUUUAAUGGAACAGGGUAAGGAGAAUCUAGGCAUGGUGAUGGUGUUCACCCUGGUCUCGGCAGGACAGGAGUGGCUUAAUGAGAAAUGGGACAGCAUGAAAAGGGAGAAAGAAGAAAAAGUUCUUGCUAAAAUAAGAGCAGAUGAGGAAGCAGAACAGAAAAGAUUUGAAGGCACAAGAGUGACAGUAGAAUCAUUCCUGGCGUGGAGGAAGCAGUUUGAGAAUGACAUGGGCAUUCCUGCUAAAAGGGAAAGAGAGGGCAAAGACAAAAAUAAACUAACAGGAAAAGAAUUAUUCUUAAGGGACACAACACUCAAUGAAUCUGACCUUAAGUUCCUCGAUGAUGGUGAUGCGGUCAAAGUUGAUGAAUCCCUAUUCCAAGAUUUGGAUGAUUUGGAUAUCUCAGAUGAGGAUGAUGAAGACUAUGUGCCGGGAGAGAGCGGCAGUGAGAGUGAUUAGCGAACAAUACCGCGCAUAACUGUGCGCUAUUGAUAGACUGCUUGUGUUUGUGAUAAGCUUGGCGUGUUAGCCAAUGAGAUCAAUAUUGCAUAUCAACCUUUACAAGAUAAAUUUCAGGUUUGUAUUUUUGACUUACAGCCUAACAUAAUCAAGAAACAUUUUUACUCAUUUAUUUUAGUGUUUUUUCAUUUAUUUCAAAUUUUACCGAUCCAAAGAUCGCAGAAAAGAAAAGUUUGACCAAAAUAUGAGGGAUGUUUUCAUAAUUCCUCUUAUAAUUAAAAUUAUACACCUAAUAAUGCUGUAUGGAGUGAAAGAGAUAAUAGAAGCUGUAAGGAGAAAAGUGUAUUUAUCCCUUUCUAAAGGUUGAUGUGCAAUAUUUAUAGCCGAGUAAAUGCUUGAAGAUGAGGCUUGGCCAAAAAGGGACAGAAGUUAUUUAAUUGUUGACUUGUUAAUGAUUUAGCAAAGUUUAGUCAAUAUCCGUUUUUUAACAUUUGAGACAUGUUUUCAUAUUAUAGAUCAGGUUGUAUUUCUACUGAAGGAUGACAAAUAAGAGAUAUUUGCGUAAAAGUGCUGUUAUUGCCAACAUUAAAUGAGUGAUGUUAUUGCUAUAAUUAUGUUAGCUAUAUUGUAAUUCUUGUUUGUUUGUUUUUAAAUCAUUCUGCAUAUAUUCGUCAGUGAGAAUAAACGCUAACACUCGAUUCUAAGGUUUACAAACAUUUUGUAAUUUUACAGGCACUUCCAAAGCUUCUCUUCAUGUAUCAAAAAGGUUCUUUGUAAAUAAAAGAAUUUGUUUUUAUUUGGA